AUGGGUUCCGUUACUCCAACUGUAUUCAAAGCUUCCAACUCGCUCUCAAAUCGAGGCCAGAACGCACUUGAGCUUGGCGAAAAGCGCAUAACAUGGGACAUUAUCAGCGACAUGUGGCAUCCCGAGAAUAACCCAGACGGAUACCUCUCCGUGGGCAUGGCCGAGAACACUCUGCUGCAUAGCAUACUCGUCGAGUACAUUCACGCCAAUCUGGACAUCUCCGCCCAACACCUCUCCUACAACAACGGGAGCAUGGGAUCCCAUGCCCUCCGCAAGGCAGUCUCGCACUUCCUCAAUAGACAUUUCCAUCCCUUCCGCGCCGUCGAGCCCACCCACGUCCUCAUAACAAACGGGUGCUCCUCCGCCAUCGAGCACCUGAGCUGGACGUUCGUUAACCCCGGUGAAGCCAUCCUCCUUGGAAAGCCAUACUAUGCCACCUUCAUCGCCGACAUCUGCCUGCGCCCCGAGGCCGUCGUGGUGCCCGUGGAGAUGGGCGCCGUGGACCCGCUGUCUCCAGAAGCCGUCGACCUGUACGACCGGGCCGCGUCGCAAUUCGAGCAGCGCACAGGGAAGCGCGUCCGCGCCGUCAUGCUCUGCAACCCGCACAAUCCGCUCGGCCGGUGCUACCCACGGGCAACUGUUGACGGCCUGAUGCGGCUCUGCCAGGCGCGGCAGAUGCACCUGAUCAGCGACGAAAUCUACGCGCUAUCCGUCUGGGAGAAUCGUGUAGAUAGAGACGCCCCAUUCGAGCCGUUCGAAUCCCUCCUCGCGAGGGACACCACGGGACUGAUAGAUGCGCAUCUAGUGCACGUCCUCUGGGGGAUGAGCAAAGAUUUCGGCGCCAACGGCCUGCGUGUCGGAGCAGUCAUCUCGCAGGGCAACGCCGAGCUGCAUAUCGCGCAAAAGUGUCUUUCGCUGUACUCGUUUGUCUCUGGGAUGUCGGACCAGAUCACGGCGUCGAUCUUGCACGACGACACCUUUACCGACGGCUAUAUCCGCGCGAACAGGGAGAAGCUCUCCGAGUCCCAUGCACUUCUCGUCGGCCUGCUAGGUAAAUACGGGAUCGAGUAUGCUCGCGGCUGCAAUGCGGGCUUCUUCCUCUGGGUGAACCUCGGGAAGAAGUAUCUGGAGGCGCGUCCGGAUAUUCAGGGGGACGCGCAGGGCCUCGAGCUCACGGAGAUGCUGUUUCAGCGCCUGUUGGAUAACUAG